AUGGAUCAAGAUACGCCCCUAAAUACAAGGUCCCUAGUCUUGCAGCUGCUGCUGGAAGACGUGAAAGACAAGAUCGACAAGUUCGAAGCUCAACUGCUGAAGGAUACAAACCAACCAGCCAGCAGGCUAGAAGAACUAGAGCCCGACAGGAGAGUGGCCCUCCAUACAUGGAAGUCCGAAAUCGAAAGACAAAUAGUAAUAUUGAGUGACUUUCAGCUGGCUACAGCUCUGUCGCUAGGAAGGGAGGCAGAAGAGGCCCCGUUGCCUAAGGAAACCAAGACAUUCGCCGAAUUUAUCUCUAGUGCUAUUCAAAAGCUAGGUCACUUGCUCAAGAACAUCAUGCAUUCCAUCAAGGUCCCGAGUCCAGUCGAAGCCUCCCAGCCUGAGACCUGCACGUCCUGCAGAGAAGUCUGCAGCGAAAUCUUCAAAACACAAUGCUCCCACUUUUAUUGCAAGAACUGCUUAAUCCGCACGGUCACGAAAUCCUUACAAGAUGAAUCCUUGUUCCCUCCUCAAUGUUGCCACAAGCCUAUUGAAGGCUCAGGUAUGGAGAAGAUGAUAGGAUUUGCAUUAGUUCAAGAACAAAAGAAGAGGGCAACCGAGCUCAGCGAUCCAGACCGAACCUACUGUUCAGAUUUAACCUGCUCUCGAUAUAUCUCGCCAACCAUAGGAUUUUGGCCAGCUUUUACUUCGAAAACGGUUGGUAUCUGCAAGUGUGGCGUACAAACGUGCAGGAAGUGCAAGAGCAGUGCCCAUAAGGGCAAGUGUCUAUCUCAACUAGACAAGUCAUUGGAGAAAUUGAUGAAGAGACAGAAAUGGCAACGGUGCAAAAAAUGCGGCCAUUUGAUUGAGCUCACCCAGGGCUGUCAUCAUAUCACCAUGAGCAACGUCAGUAUGGGUACAACUUUGUCAAUGGGAUUACAGACAGAAGACGACUUGUCCAAGGUCGAGAAAAAAGAAACCUCUUCCAAUUCCCUCCGUAUCGACAUCCAGCAACUCGGUCAUUCCAUCGAAAAUGCCAUCAAUUUGACUGAUUCCCCAAACUCCGAGAUUUGGCAUGAGUGUGUCUCCUGCCGGGACGACCACCUGCAAGAUGAAAUGAUCAAAACCAAGUGCUCACACUUUUAUUGCAAGGCUUGCUUGGUUCGCCUGUUCAAAAAUGCUUUGCGUGAUGAAUCCUUGUUUCUCCCCCAAUGCUGCAAAAAGCCAAUCGCGGCCUCAGAGAAGAUUCUCGGAUCUACAUUGGUUCAAAAGCACAUGGAGGGGCGAUCGGACUCAACGAUCCAGACCAAACCUACUGUUCUGAUUCAAAGUGCGCUCAAUAUCUCCCACAAAAGCCCACACGGAACCUGUGUGUAUAAGCUUGACGCACUUCUGGAGGAAGUGGCGGAUUCUAAGCAAUGGCAACGAUGCUCUAAUUGCAGUCGUCUGAUUGAGCUCAGCACAGCUUUGACAGUGCAGGUCUCUGGACUCACAUCUGCUAGGUGUUUUUGCAAGUAUGAAUUUUGUUAUUUUUGUGGGAAACAGUGGGAAACAGUGGGAAACAGUGGAAAACGUGCGACUGCAGCUUCGCAGACGAAGAGAAUCUUUAUGAACGAGAUGUCUGAACUAGCCAACUCAAGGAGUGCUUCAGGUUUGCCUUGGAGCGAACCGGAUAAGGUAUGA